AUGAGUGACCAUGAUUCAGUUACAAAAAUAUCGCAUAUCCUUAAUGAACCGAUCACAGAAAACGUGAUGGUGCGAGCACCAACUAGCGCAGGCUCCACAAUCAAAGCAGAUUCUUCUUCUAAACAAUCGAAGUCACCAGAAAGCACGGCAUCUUCCAAUUCUAGUCACCAUACUAAUCCAUUCCUCUACACGCAGUUCAAAUCUCGUGCUACAGCACCAUUUGAUCCUGAAUCAAUAAAGGGCGUGAAAAUAACAACCCCACCAGAGGAUAUUCCUGCCAGAGUGUUUCACGAAAAGACCGGUUUAUUCUACCAAAUAUCUUCAUGCUCUAUCCCAACAUUUACUGUGGCAAAGAAGGAACUUCCAGAUCCAAUAAGAUUUUACGAAUCAGUGCAAGAUUUAGGGACAAUCUACGGUUGUGUCAAACUAAAAAUUCUACCUGAUAUUGACCGACCCAUUGAAAAGUUUGCUCAACUUAAUGUCAACAUAGAUCGCUUUUGGUUUAAAGCCAGAAAACAAUUUUUUGAUUCAAAGGAGUUAGAAAGAGCCCAAAUAAUUGAUUUUCAUGCAAAGCUUUAUAAUUUCCAUAGUAAAAUUAAAAAGAAAAGUUUUCUAACGAGAAUCCCAAGCAUUGACAAACGUACUUUGAAUUUAUAUAGACUGAGAAGUUGUGUUGACUUAAGGGGAGGGUUCGAUGCAGUUUGCGAGAAGAAACUAUGGGCUCAAAUAGGAAGGGAAUUAGGAUAUUCAGGAAGAAUUAUGAGCUCACUCUCAACCUCCCUAAGAUCUGCUUAUGUGAAAAUCUUACUGGAUUUCGAUAAAUAUGAAAAAGAACAACGCAUGUGUAAUAACGAAGAAAAUGAAAGACCAUUGUCUCCUAAGUUUCAUCAUACAGAUCAAAAAAAAAGGGAUGGGGAAGAAAUUUCACUUAAAGACGAAUCUUUUCACAAAAGAGUCAAAAUAGAUGGUGGUAACCCAAAAGUAUUUAGAGCUGGGUCAAUUAAUCACGAAUUUAAAAGAAUGAAAGACAUAAAGCGCAUAAAGGGGUUUCCGACUUAUUUUGAUUCGCUAACUGAAUAUAAGUUGGGCUUUACAGAUUUGACAGGGGCUACUUUACCAGACUAUGACUUCACUUUUUGGGAGAAUGGUAUGGAGAUAUACGAUAAAAGCUCUUUUGAAACGAGAACUUCUCCAGUGUAUAAUUUGAGACAAUAUUAUGAAAAAAGUCAGGCAGUUUUCAAUGCUAUGAUGGCGAGAUAUAAGAGUGACUACCCAAGUCUAUUCGCAAACCAAACAACGCUCCCACAAGUAGAAUUUGAAAAGUUAUUUUUCCAAUUACUCUCGACGCACUUUAUAGAUUUUGAAAUUGAUACAGGCCUUGGUCUAACCGCAUCGAUACGAUCUUCAGGAAAUGACUCAUUUGAUGACAAGUUCGCCAUUAAAACCAUACUAGAUCAUUGGAAUCUAGACAACAUCCCUCUCAGUGAACUAUCGCUUUUAAAGCAUCUUGAUUUAGAUAUGGCUGAUUUUACGAGAACAAAUUUUGAUGUUGGAAUGUUAUUCUCUUGCAGGGGUUGGUCUGUUUCAGACCAUUUUUUACCUUCAAUUGAUUAUAAUCAUCUGGGUUCCACUAAAUUGGUAUAUAGUAUUGCACCAAAAGAUAUGGAAAAAUUUGAAGGUCUCAUGACUCAAGCAAAAAAGGAGUGGGAUGCACAUCAAUCAAGACCGCGUUACUUCACCUCCGAUGAAGAAUGGACGGGUUUCUCAGAAACUGACUUCUUUAAGUCAUUCUUAGAGGCAGAACAAUCAAAUGAUCAUUUUAGCACAGGGAACGCUGCAAGAAAUGUGACUUCAGAAAAUGUGCUAUUAGCAAAUUCUUUAGGUGAUGGUCUUCAAAGCGACUUACAAUUUGAACCUAGUUUCAUUACAGCUAACGGCAUAAAACUAUAUAAAACUACACAGGAGCAAGGUUCGUACAUUUUCAAGUUUCCAAAGGCCUUCACAUGUUGUAUCGGAUCAGGUUUCUAUUUAUCACAAAAUUCAGUUUUUGCACCAAUUUCAUGGCUGGAGUCGAGCUUCGAGGCGGCCAAAUGGAUAUCUAAGAUGCGGAUACUCCCUGGUUUGGACGUGAAUCAACUAAUGAUUAAUAUUUUGCUAAACUCAGAUAAUGCGGCUUUGAAAGGGACUUGCCAAAACCUGGUAAGAGAUUGUGUUCGUGAAGAAGUGGUGAACCGCAGAAAGUUAAGAGAGUUAUUUAGUACAGUUGACGUAGUCUACAAUAAAUUAGAUUACAUUUCGGAUAUUAGUUUGAAACCAACAGGACUUUCAAAAAUUGUCGUGACAUUAGGCGCACUGCAUCGUGUUUUCUCUUUGAAAGAGUUCCUUGCGCUGCUAGAUAAAUCAAAAAACGGUACUUAUAAUAUAUGUGGUAUCCCAAUAUGUGAUCAAGCUGGUAGUCUCAACAUUUGUUUGCACUUGUAUUUUGAUAAAGCGAGCCUAAAGAUAGCUCUUGAUGGCCUGGAUAUUCCCUCGGAUUUUUAUUUGGCUGCUCUGGAUGAAAAUUUUGAAAUGAAAUGGGACGCUUUAAUGACUUCCACUUUUAAGAAUAGAUCCGUUCCAUUGAACAUCAUACAAUAUUUGCUUUCUCAUACUGAUAGUAACACUGAGUUUAAUCGAUCGUUACGUUCUAAUUUUUAUGAUGCCUUAUCCCUUAUCGAAGAAUGCAAGAAAAUUAUCACAAGUUGCAUGGAAUCCUCUCGUAGCAUUGGAAACAUUGAUUUUGGUAUUGGGUUUAAUCUGCGUCAUUUACCACUUGAAUUCUCUAACAGCAUGAUCAAUAAGUUGAAAAGCUUAUAUAAAAGUGUUCAGAAAUGUUCCAUUGAUUUCCCGGAAAGGCUGGAAAUAAUUAGGCUAUACCAAAUAUCUAGGCAGUUCCCUAUUGAUAAUAAAGAUAUCAUCGAGGGAAAUAACUUGGUCUUGCUCAAGGAAUUAUAUCAGAAAUCAUUAAAUAUUCCAUUGAAGGCUUCUUAUUGGACUAAUUUGACCAGGAAAAUUUGUAGGCUUGAAUGGCUGUCAGUUUAUGAACGUGUAUUUAUUGAACGGAAUGAUAUCAAAGACGAAGAUUCUGAAAAUUACUCGCUUCCAUUGUUGUAUUCCUACUUAAAAUUCGGCCUGAAAUACUGUAGUGUUGAAGAUAUAGAUAAAAUAGGUCAUGCCAAAGAGCUACUUUUGAAAUACCAAGCUAUCAUGCAAAAAAUUCGAGUGUUCCUGAAAAGGGAAGCGCCUUCAAGAAUACCAUUGACCGAUCUGGAAAAUAUUCUGUUAGGUAUAGAGGUAUACCGCUUACCUAUCCAAAGAAAUUUUUUCAAUGAGCUUGAUUACAUCAUCAGAGAAAUCGAACAAGCUAAAAGAAGCAGCGAUGUGAGUAUUGUUUAUAGUGCCGACAAUCUUGAUAAAAUAGAUGAGCUUAUUAGGAAGAACGAUCCUAAGUUUAUGGAGUUUGCAGAUCAGUUUAACAGUUCCCGACUGGAUAAGAGGCCACGAAUUGGUGAAAUUCAAGAUCAAAAGGGAACAAAACAAAAACUAAAAGACUACAAAUUAUGGAUUCGUCAAUUGGCCCGAAUACUGCAUAAAAAUAAACUUGUUGAACUGCUGCCUUUGGCUUACAAAUGCUUAGACUUGGAAUCGGACAAAUACAUUCCUCUGGAGGAUUGUGCUAGACUUCAAACGAAAUAUUGCUUCUGUAGAAAAGUUGAAGAAGGCAGUGCCAUGGUCGAAUGUGAAAUUUGUAAAGAGUGGUACCAUGUGGAUUGUAUAAACAAUGGUAAGUGGGUUCUACCUGACGAUCCAAAUGUUCUAUUUGUCUGUCCAAUAUGCACGCCAUCUAACGUUUCUAUCAAGGCUACUGAAAGCGUGUUGUAUGAAUUUGGUGAGUUAAAAAGAUUAUUGAUAGGUUCUUUGAAAUUAAACACGAUUCCAAACCCUCCAAUUUUGAAUAAUCUGUUUGAUGUUUUUGCGUUGGCCUUAAACUUCAAAAACCAAAUGGAAGUUGAACUGUUCACCAAAGGAUUUAUAAAUAAGUUAGUACCUACGCACAAGAUCAAGUACUAUCUAAGAAAGGCGGAAGGCUCGGGGUGUGGCUUUACUGACUUGACAGGUCCGUUGAGACGAUACUGUCAAGCGAAAGAUGCAAAGGUUAUAAAAUCGCUCAAAGAAAAUGGAAGAACUGUAAUCACAGGAUUUCCAAAUUAG